AUGUCGGUGCCGCUGCCGCUGCCUCUGCCGGCGGCGAUCGGGGACGGUCCCGAGGCGAAGGGAGCGGAGCCGCCGGAGCCGCUGGAGCUGCUGGAGCUGUGCGGCGCCUGCCGGGAGCGGCUCAGCCCCCAGCGGGAGCCGCGGUUGCUGCCUUGCCUGCACUCCGUGUGCCGGGGCUGCCUCGGGGCCGCGCCGGGAGCCUCCGGCAGCGACGGGCGGGUGUUUGACUGCCCCGUGUGCCACCAGCAGUGUCCCCUGGGUGACAUCAUGGAGAACUUCUUCCUGCAGGAGAGCGUGGCUGGGACAGCCCUCGGCCAGGGCAGCGGGCAGAGCUGCACCAGCUGCGAGGACAACGCAGCAGCCACCAGCUUCUGCCUGGAGUGCGCGGAGCCGCUGUGUGACACCUGCGUGGACGCGCAUCAGAGGGUCAGGUACACCCGGGACCACAACGUGCGGGCCUUGGGCGGGGCGGGGCCGCGGGCGGGGCCGGGGCCGUGCCCGGCGCACCCGGCGGAGCCGCUGUCGCUGUUCUGCAGCGCCUGCGACGCCCUCACCUGCCGCCACUGCCACCUGGGCGCCCACCGGGACCACCCCUCCCAGCUCCUGGAGGACGCCGUUCGCCAGCAGCGCUCGGUGCUGGCCGCGCUGGUGCAGCGCCUGGGGAGCAAACACGCCGUGCUGCAGCGCUCCACCAAGGAGCUGCGUGGUUUUAUCCGGCGGGUGACGGACGUGCAGCAGCGCGUGCAGGUGGAGGUGAAGAUGGCCAUCCUGCAGAUCAUGAAGGAGCUCAACAAGCGCGGGAAGGUGUUGGUCAGCGACGCCCAGCGGGUGACAGAGGGGCAGCAGGAGCGGCUGCAGCGGCAGCACCGCGCCCUGAGCCGGGCGCAGCGGCAGCAGGAGCACGUCCUGCGCUUCGCGGCGCGCGCCCUCGACGGCCCCCACGGCACCGCCCUGCUGCUCUCCAGGAGGCUGAUCCACUCGCAGCUGCUCCGGCUGCUCCGGGUCAUGGUGGAGCCGCUGGAGCCCCAGGGGGACAUGAAAUUCCAGUGGAACCUGCAGGCCUGGACCAAGAGCGCCGAGAGCUUCGGCACCAUCAUUUCGGAGCAUCCCCUCCCCCCCUCGCUGAGUCCCCCGCCCUCGCUGAGCCCCCCUGCUGCCAGCCCCCAGGACCCCUCCCCCACCUUGCAGGGCCACCCCCAGGCCACAGUGGUCAGUGGGGGACAGGUGACCCCCGAGCUGCUCCUGCAGGAGCAGGAGCCCCCCUGGGCCCCCCUCUGUGGGGCCGAGGGCCUGGAGUGUCCCCCCCAGCUGUCCCCCCCACACCUGGACCUGCAGCUGGCCGAGACCCCCGAGCUGGCCGCCAGCCCCUCUGAGAACGCCGACACUGGAGUGAAGAGGACAAAACCCGGGAGUUCUCCCAGGGAGGAGAAGUUCGUUAAGAAGCUGCUCAUUAAGCGGAGGGGCCCCCCCGGGGCCCAGGGCAGCCCCCGGCUCCCCAAGGUGCCGCGGGUGAGCCUGGAGCGCCUGGAGCUGGACUUGGAGCUGGACCCGGCGCAGCCGCCCGUGUUCCGCAUCUUCCCGGGGCCCUCGGCCGAGGAGUUCAGCGUCAUCGUCAUCGAGCAGGGGACAGCAGGGACAGCAGGGACAGCGAGGACAGCAGAGACAGUGGGGACAGAGGGGACAGCGGGGACAGCAGGGAUGGUGCAGCCACACGGAGCCCUCCCUGUCAAGGAGGAGCAGCAGGAGUCGCCCAUUGGGGACACCAGGGACACCAAACCUGUGGGGCUGCUUCCCCCUCCCCCACAGGAGCUGGGCCCCGUGCCGGGCUCCUCCCCUGGCCCGGGGCUCCCGGUGGUCCCGGCGGGGCUCCCGGGGGUCCCGGCGGUCUCGUGCUGCCGCGUGUGCGGCCAGGCUGGGGCCGUGGUGAUGUGUGACCGCUGCCAGCGCUGCUUCCACCUGCACUGCCACCUGCCCGCCCUGCAGGACGUGCCCAGUGCCCCCUGGGAUCCACAGCCACUUGUCACCUCCCUGGGACCUGGGAUCUGCUGUCCCCAGGUGCCAAUCCCAUGGGAUCCCAUUCUUGAUCCCAUCCCUCAUCCCUGGAUCCCAGACCUCUGGGUGUCUCCAGGCGCUGAUCCCAUGGGAUCCCCUUCCCGAUCCAGUAGGAAUCCCAUUCCCAAUCCCAUUCCUGAUCCCUGGAUCCCAGACCUCUGGGUGUCUCUGGGUGCUGAUCCCAUGGGAUCCCCUUCCCGAUCCCGCAGCCCCGAAUGGACGUGUUUGCUGUGCCAGGAGCUGCCCCCGCCCAGCCCAGGGGCAGAGCAGGGCCCUCCCCACAAGCUGAGCCCCCAGGACCAGCAGAGGUGCGAGUUCGUCCUGCUGGAGCUGCUGUGCCACGAGCCCUGCCGGCCCCUGCAGCGCCUCUCCAGCUCCUUGGACGGCCGCGACGCCAUCGACCUGACGCUGAUGCGGGCGCGGCUGCAGGAGAAGCUGAGCCCGCACUACCGCAGCCCCGAGGAGUUUGCCCGCGACGGCUGGCAGCUGCUCCGGCAGUUCCACCGCCUCACCGAGGACAAGGCGGAUGUCCAGUCCAUCCUGGGGCUGCAGCGCUUCCUCGAGAGCCGCCUGAGCGCCGUUUUUGGGGACGAGAAAUUCUCGCGGCUCCUGGUGGAUCCCGAGGAACCGCUGGAGCUGUCUCCAGGCUCCUGAUCCCCCCUCCUGGGGGGCUGAAACCCCUCCCAGGACCUCGGUUUCCCCCGCGGGGGGGUCACACCUCCCUCUCACGGUUCCGAUUUCUUCCCGGGUCC